AUGGAAUCAAAAGCAUUCAACGUUAUAAUCAGUCUACCCUUCAAUCUUCGCUGUAAAUAUUCAAUCUUUCGCCCAUUGUAUCAUUCCUCAGCCAGACCGAAGUUGAAAUGUUUUCCAUCUUCCUCGUGGUCAAGCUGGAAACCCUCUUCAUACUUCUCUCCAUUGUGCACGCUAAGUGAAAGAGGCACUGUGAAUGCUUUACCUAAGGGAGCUGGAAACGCAGUAAAGGAAGCUGGAAAUGAUAGAAUUCUUCAAGUGGUGUUGGUUUCUCCUCAGAUACCUGGAAACACCGGAUGCAUCGCCAGAACUUGUGCAGCUUCAGCUGUUGGAUUACACCUAGUUGGUGAAAAAAGGCUGCUUGCAUUUUCUAAGCGAGGAGCAAAAGUUCAUUCAGAGGUCACUUACAGAAAGGGUGAUUGGCUUGUGUUUGGCUCAGAGACUAGUGGGUUACCUCCGGAAGCCUUGCUUGACUGUAAAACAGAACCAUAUGGAGGUGGUGCGAUACGAAUUCCCAUGGUCGAAACAUACGUAAGAUGUCUCAAUUUAUCUGUUAGUGUCGGGAUUGCACUGUAUGAAGCUGCCAGACAGCUAAACUAUGAGCAACUGCAGACUCCGUCAAAACCUUACAAUGGUACUGAAUCUACCGAACCUUCAUUUCUUACUGAAGACAUUUUUGCUUGA